AUGACUGAAUCCCCUGUGGAGACCUUAGAGAAAGCCGCGUAUGCCAACUUUCCAGAAGCACCUCAAGUGGAGGCUUCUGUCAGCAAUAGGCUCAAGGCAUAUGCCAACUUUCCAGAAGCACCUCAAGAGGAGGCUUCAUUCAGCAAUAGGCUCAAGACGUAUUCCAACUUUCCAGAAGCACCAAAAGAGGAGCCUUCUCUCACCAAUAGGCAACACCAGAGAUGCCCCGAGAACACUUUCCCAAGUCUGGAGGAAGACCACGUUCAGCACAGCAACUCGAGGAAUGCACCAUGUACCCCAAAUCGUCUCGAGAUGAGAGCUGAUUCCUCGCUUAGGCCCAAGACGUAUGCCAACCUUCCAGAAGCCCCUCUAGAGGAGGCUUCUCUCAGCAAUAGGCUCAAGGCAUAUGCCAACUUUCCAGAAGCACCUCAAGAGGAGGCUUCAUUCAGCAAUAGGCUCAAGACCUAUGCCAACUUUCCAGAAGCACCUCAAGAGGAGGAUUCUCUCAGCAACAGGCUCAAGGCAUAUGCCAACUUUCCAGAAGCACCUCAAGAGGAGGCUUCAUCCAGCAAUAGGCUCAAGACGUAUUCCAACUUUCCAGAAGCACCAAAAGAGGAGCCUUCUCUCACCAAUAGGCAACACCAGAGAUGCCCCGAGAACACUUUCCCAAGUCUGGAGGAAGACCACGUUCAGCACAGCAACUCGAGGAAUGCACCAUGUACCCCAAAUCGUCUCGAGAUGAGAGCUGAUUCCUCGCUUAGGCUCAAGACGUAUGCCAACCUUCCAGAAGCCCCUCUAGAGGAGGCUUCUCUCAGCAAUAGGCUCAAGGCAUAUGCCAACUUUCCAGAAGCACCUCAAGAGGAGGCUUCAUUCAGCAAUAGGCAACACCAGAGAUGCCCCGAGAACACUUUCCCAAGUCUGGAGGAAGACCACGUUCAGCACAGCAACUCGAGGAAUGCACCAUGUACCCCAAAUCGUCUCGAGAUGAGAGCUGAUUCCUCGCUUAGGCUCAAGACGUAUGCCAACCUUCCAGAAGCCCCUCUAGAGGAGGCUUCUCUCAGCAAUAGGCUCAAGACCUAUGCCAACUUUCCAGAAGCACCUCAAGAGGAGGAUUCUCUCAGCAACAGGCUCAAGGCAUAUGCCAACUUUCCAGAAGCACCUCAAGAGGAGGCUUCAUUCAGCAAUAGGCUCAAGACGUAUUCCAACUUUCCAGAAGCACCAAAAGAGGAGCCUUCUCUCACCAAUAGGCAACACCAGAGAUGCCCCGAGAACACUUUCCCAAGUCUGGAGGAAGACCACGUUCAGCACAGCAACUCGAGGAAUGCACCAUGUACCCCAAAUCGUCUCGAGAUGAGAGCUGAUUCCUCGCUUAGGCUCAAGACGUAUGCCAACCUUCCAGAAGCCCCUCUAGAGGAGGCUUCUCUCAGCAAUAGGCUCAAGGCAUAUGCCAACUUUCCAGAAGCACCUCAAGAGGAGGCUUCAUUCAGCAAUAGGCUCAAGGCAUAUGCCAACUUUCCAGAAGCACCUCAAGAGGAGGCUUCAUUCAGCAAUAGGCUCAAGACGUAUGCCAACUUUCCAGAAGCACCAAAAGUGGAGGCUUCUCUCACCAAUAGGCUCAAGACGUAUGCCAAAUUUCCAGAGGCACCAAAAGAGGAGGCUUCUCUCACCAAUAGGCUCAAGACGUAUGCCAACUUUCCAGAAGCACCAAAAGAGGAGGCUUCUCUCACCAAUAGGCUCAAGACGUAUGCCAACUUUCCAGAAGCACCUCAAGAGGAGGAUUCUCGCAACAACAGGCUCAAGACGUAUGCCAACUUUCCAGAAGCACCUCAGGAGGAGGAUUCUCGCAACAACAGGCUCAAGACGUAUGCCAACUUUCCAGAAGCACCUCAAGAGGAGGAUUCUCGCAACAACAGGCUCAAGACUUAUGCCAACUUUCCAGAAGCACCAAAAGAGGAGGCUUCUCUCACCAAUAGGCUCAAGACGUAUGCCAACUUUCCAGAAGCACCUCAAGAGGAGGAUUCUCGCAACAACAGGCUCAAGACGUAUGCCAACUUUCCAGAAGUACCAAAAGAGGAGGCUUCUCUCAGCAAUAGGCUCAAGACGUAUGCCAACUUUCCAGAAGCACCUCAAGAGGAGGAUUCUCGCAACAACAGGCUCAAGACUUAUGCCAACUUUCCAGAAGCACCAAAAGAGGAGGCUUCUCUCACCAAUAGGCUCAAGACGUAUGCCAACUUUCCAGAAGCACCUCAAGAGGAGGAUUCUCGCAACAACAGGCUCAAGACGUAUGCCAACUUUCCAGAAGUACCAAAAGAGGAGGCUUCUCUCAGCAAUAGGAUCAAGACGUAUGCCAACUUUCCAGAAGCACCUCAAGAGGAGGAUUCUCGCAACAACAGGCUCAAGACGUAUGCCAACUUUCCAGAAGCACCAAAAGAGGAGGCUUCUCUCACCAAUAGGCUCAAGACGUAUGCCAACUUUCCAGAAGCACCUCAAGAGGAGGAUUCUCGCAACAACAGGCUCAAGACGUAUGCCAACUUUCCAGAAGCACCAAAAGAGGAGGCUUCUCUCACCAAUAGGCUCAAGACGUAUGCCAACUUUCCAGAAGCACCAAAAGAGGAGGCUUCUCUCACCAAUAGGCUCAAGACGUAUGCCAACUUUCCAGAAGCACCUCAAGAGGAGGAUUCUCGCAACAACAGGCUCAAGAUGUAUGCCAACUUUAAAGAAGCACCAAAAGAGGAGGCUUCUCUCACCAAUAGGCUCAAGACGUACGCCAACUUUCCAGAAGCACCUCAAGAGGAGGAUUCUCUCAGCAAUAGGCUCAAGACGUAUGCCAACUUUCCAGAAGCACCUCAAGAGGAGGAUUCUCGCAACAACAGGCUCAAGGCGUAUGACAACUUUCCAGAAGCACCUCCAGUGGAGGCUUCUGUCAGCAAUAGGCUCAAGAUGUAUGCCAACUUUAAAGAAGCACCAAAAGAGGAGGCUUCUCUCACCAAUAGGCUCAAGACGUAUGCCAACUUUAAAGAAGCACCAAAAAAGGAGGCUUCUCUCACCAAUAGGCUCAAGACGUAUGCCAACCUUCCAGAAGCACCUCAAGAGGAGGCUUCUCUCAGCAAUAGGCUCAAGACGUAUGCCAACCUUCCAGAAGCACCUCAAGAAGAGGCUUCUCUCAGCAAUAGGCUCAAGACGUAUGCCAACUAUCCAGAAGCACCUCAAGAGGAGGCUGCUCUCAGCAAUAGGCUCAAGGCGUAUGCCAACUUUCCAGAAGCACCUCAAGUGGAGGCUUCUGUCAGCAAUAGGCUCAAGACGUAUGCCAACUUUCCAGAAGCACCAAAAGAGGAGGCUUCUCUCACCAAUAGGCUCAAGGCGUAUGCCAACUUUCCAGAAGCACCUCAAGAGGAGGCUUCUCUCAGCAAUAGGUUCAAGACGUAUGCCAACUUUCCAGAAGCACCUCAGGAGGAGGCUUCUCUCAGCAAUAGGCUCAAGACGUAUGCCAACUUUCCAGAAGCACCUCAAGAGGAGGAUUCUCGCAACAACAGGCUCAAGAUGUAUGCCAACUUUCCAGAAGCACCAAAAGAGGAGGCUUCUCUAAACAAUAGGCUCAAGAUGUAUGCCAACUUUCCAGAAGCACCAAAAGAGGAGGCUUCUCUAAACAAUAGGCUCAAGAUGUAUGCCAACUUUCCAGAAGCACCAAAAGAGGAGGCUUCUCUAAACAAUAGGCUCAAGACGUAUGCCAACUUUCCAGAAGCACCAAAAGAGGAGGCUUCUCUCACCAAUAGGUUCAAGACGUAUGCCAACCUUCAAGAAGCACCUCAAGAGGAGGCUUCUCUCAUCAAUAGGCUCAAGACGUAUGCCAACUUUCCAGAAGCACCAAAAGAGGAGGCUUCUCUCACCAAUAGGUUCAAGACGUAUGCCAACCUUCAAGAAGCACCUCAAGAGGAGGCUUCUCUCAUCAAUAGGCUCAAGACGUAUGCCAACUUUCCAGAAGCACCAAAAGAGGAGGCUUCUCUCACCAAUAGGUUCAAGACGUAUGCCAACCUUCAAGAAGCACCUCAAGAGGAGGCUUCUCUCAUCAAUAGGCUCAAGACGUAUGCCAACUUUCCAGAAGCACCAAAAGAGGAGGCUUCUCUCACCAAUAGGCUCAAGACGUAUGCCAACUUUCCAGAAGCACCAAAAGAGGAGGAUUCUCUCACCAAUAGGUUCAAGACGUAUGCCAACCUUCAAGAAGCACCUCAAGAGGAGGCUUCUCUCAUCAAUAGGCUCAAGACGUAUGCCAACUUUCCAGAAGCACCAAAAGAGGAGCCUUCUCUCACCAAUAGGUUCAAGACGUAUGCCAACCUUCAAGAAGCACCUCAAGAGGAGGCUUCUCUCAUCAAUAGGCUCAAGACGUAUGCCAACUUUCCAGAAGCACCAAAAGAGGAGGCUUCUCUCACCAAUAGGUUCAAGACGUAUGCCAACCUUCAAGAAGCACCUCAAGAGGAGGCUUCUCUCAUCAAUAGGCUCAAGACGUAUGCCAACUUUCCAGAAGCACCAAAAGAGGAGCCUUCUCUCACCAAUAGGUUCAAGACGUAUGCCAACCUUCAAGAAGCACCUCAAGAGGAGGCUUCUCUCAUCAAUAGGCUCAAGACGUAUGCCAACUUUCCAGAAGCACCAAAAGAGGAGGCUUCUCUCACCAAUAGGUUCAAGACGUAUGCCAACCUUCAAGAAGCACCUCAAGAGGAGGCUUCUCUCAUCAAUAGGCUCAAGACGUAUGCCAACUUUCCAGAAGCACCAAAAGAGGAGGCUUCUCUCACCAAUAGGUUCAAGACGUAUGCCAACCUUCAAGAAGCACCUCAAGAGGAGGCUUCUCUCAUCAAUAGGCUCAAGACGUAUGCCAACUUUCCAGAAGCACCAAAAGAGGAGGCUUCUCUCACCAAUAGGCUCAAGACGUAUGCCAACUUUCCAGAAGCACCAAAAGAGGAGGCUUCUCUCACCAAUAGGUUCAAGACGUAUGCCAACCUUCAAGAAGCACCUCAAGAGGAGGCUUCUCUCAUCAAUAGGCUCAAGACGUAUGCCAACUUUCCAGAAGCACCAAAAGAGGAGGCUUCUCUCACCAAUAGGCUCAAGACGUAUGCCAACUUUCCAGAAGCACCAAAAGAGGAGGAUUCUCUCACCAAUAGGUUCAAGACGUAUGCCAACCUUCAAGAAGCACCUCAAGAGGAGGCUUCUCUCAUCAAUAGGCUCAAGACGUAUGCCAACUUUCCAGAAGCACCAAAAGAGGAGGCUUCUCUCACCAAUAGGUUCAAGACGUAUGCCAACCUUCAAGAAGCACCUCAAGAGGAGGCUUCUCUCAUCAAUAGGCUCAAGACGUAUGCCAACUUUCCAGAAGCACCAAAAGAGGAGGCUUCUCUCACCAAUAGGUUCAAGACGUAUGCCAACCUUCAAGAAGCACCUCAAGAGGAGGCUUCUCUCAUCAAUAGGCUCAAGACGUAUGCCAACUUUCCAGAAGCACCAAAAGAGGAGGCUUCUCUCACCAAUAGGUUCAAGACGUAUGCCAACCUUCAAGAAGCACCUCAAGAGGAGGCUUCUCUCAUCAAUAGGCUCAAGACGUAUGCCAACUUUCCAGAAGCACCAAAAGAGGAGGCUUCUCUCACCAAUAGGUUCAAGACGUAUGCCAACCUUCAAGAAGCACCUCAAGAGGAGGCUUCUCUCAUCAAUAGGCUCAAGACGUAUGCCAACUUUCCAGAAGCACCAAAAGAGGAGGCUUCUCUCACCAAUAGGCUCAAGACGUAUGCCAACUUUCCAGAAGCACCAAAAGAGGAGGCUUCUCUCACCAAUAGGUUCAAGACGUAUGCCAACCUUCAAGAAGCACCUCAAGAGGAGGCUUCUCUCAUCAAUAGGCUCAAGACGUAUGCCAACUUUCCAGAAGCACCAAAAGAGGAGGCUUCUCUCACCAAUAGGUUCAAGACGUAUGCCAACCUUCAAGAAGCACCUCAAGAGGAGGCUUCUCUCAUGAAUAGGCUCAAGACGUAUGCCAACUUUCCAGAAGCACCAAAAGAGGAGGCUUCUCUCACCAAUAGGUUCAAGACGUAUGCCAACCUUCAAGAAGCACCUCAAGAGGAGGCUUCUCUCAUCAAUAGGCUCAAGACGUAUGCCAACUUUCCAGAAGCACCAAAAGAGGAGGCUUCUCUCACCAAUAGGUUCAAGACGUAUGCCAACCUUCAAGAAGCACCUCAAGAGGAGGCUUCUCUCUUCAAUAGGCUCAAGGCGUAUGCCAACUUUCCAGAAGCACCUCAAGAGGAGGCUUCUCCCAGCAAUAGGCUCAAGGCGCAUGCCAACUUUCCAGAAGCACCUCAAGAGGAGGCUUCUCUCAGCAAUAGGCUCAAGACGUAUGCCAACUUUCCAGAAGCACCUCAGGAGGAGGCUUCUCUCAGCAAUAGGCUCAAGGCGUAUGCCAACUUUCCAGAAGCACCUCAAGAGGAGGCUUCGAUAAACAAUAGGCUCAAGAUGUAUGUCAACUUUCCAGAAGCACCAAAAGAGGAGGCUUCUCUCACCAAUAGGCUGAAGACGUAUGCCAACUUUCCAGAAGCACCUCAAGAGGAGGCUUCUCUAAACAAUAGGCUCAAGACGUAUGCCAACUUUCCAGAAGCACCAAAAGAGGAGGCUUCUCUCACCAAUAGGUUCAAGACGUAUGCCAACCUUCAAGAAGCACCUCAAGAGGAGGCUUCUCUCAUCAAUAGGCUCAAGACGUAUGCCAACUUUCCAGAAGCACCAAAAGAGGAGGCUUCUCUCACCAAUAGGUUCAAGACGUAUGCCAACCUUCAAGAAGCACCUCAAGAGGAGGCUUCUCUCAUCAAUAGGCUCAAGACGUAUGCCAACUUUCCAGAAGCACCAAAAGAGGAGGCUUCUCUCACCAAUAGGUUCAAGACGUAUGCCAACCUUCAAGAAGCACCUCAAGAGGAGGCUUCUCUCAUCAAUAGGCUCAAGACGUAUGCCAACUUUCCAGAAGCACCAAAAGAGGAGGCUUCUCUCACCAAUAGGUUCAAGACGUAUGCCAACCUUCAAGAAGCACCUCAAGAGGAGGCUUCUCUCAUCAAUAGGCUCAAGACGUAUGCCAACUUUCCAGAAGCACCAAAAGAGGAGGCUUCUCUCACCAAUAGGUUCAAGACGUAUGCCAACCUUCAAGAAGCACCUCAAGAGGAGGCUUCUCUCAUCAAUAGGCUCAAGACGUAUGCCAACUUUCCAGAAGCACCAAAAGAGGAGGCUUCUCUCACCAAUAGGCUCAAGACGUAUGCCAACUUUCCAGAAGCACCAAAAGAGGAGGCUUCUCUCACCAAUAGGUUCAAGACGUAUGCCAACCUUCAAGAAGCACCUCAAGAGGAGGCUUCUCUCAUCAAUAGGCUCAAGACGUAUGCCAACUUUCCAGAAGCACCAAAAGAGGAGGCUUCUCUCACCAAUAGGUUCAAGACGUAUGCCAACCUUCAAGAAGCACCUCAAGAGGAGGCUUCUCUCAUCAAUAGGCUCAAGACGUAUGCCAACUUUCCAGAAGCACCAAAAGAGGAGGCUUCUCUCACCAAUAGGUUCAAGACGUAUGCCAACCUUCAAGAAGCACCUCAAGAGGAGGCUUCUCUCAUCAAUAGGCUCAAGACGUAUGCCAACUUUCCAGAAGCACCAAAAGAGGAGGCUUCUCUCACCAAUAGGCUCAAGGCGUAUGCCAACUUUCCAGAAGCACCUCAAGAGGAGGCUUCUCCCAGCAAUAGGUUCAAGACGUAUGCCAACUUUCCAGAAGCACCUCAGGAGGAGGCUUCUCUCAGCAAUAGGCUCAAGGCGUAUGCCAACUUUCCAGAAGCACCUGAAGAGGAGGCUUCGAUAAACAAUAGGCUCAAGACGUAUGCCAACUUUCCAGAAGCACCUCAGGAGGAGGCUUCCCUCAGCAAUAGGCUCAAGACGUAUGCCAACUUUCCAGAAGCACCUCAGGAGGAGGCUUCUCUCAGCAAAAGGCUCAAGACGUAUGCCAACUUUCCAGAAGCACCUCAGGAGGAGGCUUCUCUCAGCAAUAGGCUCAAGACAUAUGCCAACUUUCCAGAAGCACCUCAGGAGGAGGCUUCUCUCAGCAAUAGGCUCAAGACGUAUGCCAACUUUCCAGAAGCACCUCAGGAGGAGGCUUCUCUCAGCAAUAGGCUCAAGACGUAUGCCAACUUUCCAGAAGCACCUCAGGAGGAGGCUUCUCUCAGCAAUAGGCUCAAGACGUAUGCCAACUUUCCAGAAGCACCUCAGGAGGAGGCUUCUCUCAGCAAUAGGCUCAAGACGUAUGCCAACUUUCCAGAAGCACCUCAGGAGGAGGCUUCUCUCAGCAAUAGGCUCAAGACGUAUGCCAACUUUCCAGAAGCACCUCAGGAGGAGGCUUCUCUCAGCAAUAGGCUCAAGACGUAUGCCAACUUUCCAGAAGCACCUCAGGAGGAGGCUUCUCUCAGCAAAAGGCUCAAGACGUAUGCCAACGUUCCAGAAGCACCUCAGGAGGAGGCUUCUCUCAGCUAUAGGCUCAAGACGUAUGCCAACUUUCCAGAAGCACCUCAGGAGGAGGCUUCUCUCAGCAAUAGGCUCAAGACGUAUGCCAACUUUCCAGAAGCACCUCAGGAGGAGGCUUCUCUCAGCAAUAGGCUCAAGACGUAUGCCAACUUUCCAGAAGCACCUCAGGAGGAGGCUUCUAUCAGCAAAAGGCUCAAGACGUAUGCCAACGUUCCAGAAGCACCUCAGGAGGAGGCUUCUCUCAGCAAUAGGCUCAAGACGUAUGCCAACUUUCCAGAAGCACCUCAGGAGGAGGCUUCUCUCAGCAAUAGGCUCAAGACGUAUGCCAACUUUCCAGAAGCACCUCAGGAGGAGGCUUCUCUCAGCAAUAGGCUCAAGACGUAUGCCAACUUUCCAGAAGCACCUCAGGAGGAGGCUUCUCUCAGCAAUAGGCUCAAGACGUAUGCCAACUUUCCAGAAGCACCUCAGGAGGAGGCUUCUCUCAGCAAUAGGCUCAAGACGUAUGCCAACUUUCCAGAAGCACCUCAGGAGGAGGCUUCUCUCAGCAAUAGGCUCAAGACGUAUGCCAACUUUCCAGAAGCACCUCAGGAGGAGGCUUCUCUCAGCAAUAGGCUCAAGACGUAUGCCAACUUUCCAGAAGCACCUCAGGAGGAGGCUUCUCUCAGCAAUAGGCUCAAGACGUAUGCCAACUUUCCAGAAGCACCUCAGGAGGAGGCUUCUCUCAGCAAUAGGCUCAAGACGUAUGCCAACUUUCCAGAAGCACCUCAGGAGGAGGCUUCUCUCAGCAAUAGGCUCAAGACGUAUGCCAACUUUCCAGAAGCACCUCAGGAGGAGGCUUCUCUCAGCAAUAGGCUCAAGACGUAUGCCAACUUUCCAGAAGCACCUCAGGAGGAGGCUUCUCCCAGCAAUAGGCUCAAGACGUAUGCCAACUUUCCAGAAGCACCUCAGGAGGAGGCUUCUCUCAGCAAUAGGCUCAAGACGUAUGCCAACUUUCCAGAAGCACCUCAGGAGGAGGCUUCUCUCAGCAAUAGGCUCAAGACGUAUGCCAACUUUCCAGAAGCACCUCAGGAGGAGGCUUCUCUCAGCAAUAGGCUCAAGACGUAUGCCAACUUUCCAGAAGCACCUCAGGAGGAGGCUUCUCUCAGCAAUAGGCUCAAGACGUAUGCCAACUUUCCAGAAGCACCUCAGGAGGAGGCUUCUCUCAGCAAUAGGCUCAAGACGUAUGCCAACUUUCCAGAAGCACCUCAGGAGGAGGCUUCUCUCAGCAAUAGGCUCAAGACGUAUGCCAACUUUCCAGAAGCACCUCAGGAGGAGGCUUCUCUCAGCAAUAGGCUCAAGACGUAUGCCAACUUUCCAGAAGCACCUCAGGAGGAGGCUUCUCUCAGCAAUAGGCUCAAGACGUAUGCCAACUUUCCAGAAGCACCUCAGGAGGAGGCUUCUCUCAGCAAUAGGCUCAAGACGUAUGCCAACUUUCCAGAAGCACCUCAGGAGGAGGCUUCUCUCAGCAAUAGGCGCAAGACGUAUGCCAACUUUCCAGAAGCACGUCAGGAGGAGGCUUCUCUCAGCAAUAGGCUCAAGACGUAUGCCAACUUUCCAGAAGCACCUCAGGAGGAGGCUUCUCUCAGCAAUAGGCUCAAGCCGUAUGCCAACUUUCCAGAAGCACCUCAGGAGGAGGCUUCUCUCAGCAAUAGGCUCAAGCCGUAUGCCAACUUUCCAGAAGCACCUCAGGAGGAGGCUUCUCUCAGCAAUAGGUUUAAGCCGUAUGCAAACUUUCCAGAAACACCUCAGGAGGAGGCUUCUCUCAGCAAUAGGCUCAAGCCGUAUGCCAACUUUCCAGAAGCACCUCAGGAGGAGACUUCUCUCAGCAAUAGGUUCAAGACGUAUGCCAACUUUCCAGAAGAACCUCAGGAGGAGGCUUCUCUCAGCAAUAGGUUUAAGCCGUAUGCAAACUUUCCAGAAACACCUCAGGAGGAGGCUUCUCUCAGCAAUAGGCUCAAGCCGUAUGCCAACUUUCCAGAAGCACCUCAGGAGGAGACUUCUCUCAGCAAUAGGCUCAAGCCGUAUGCCAACUUUCCAGAAGCUCCUCAGGAGGAGGCUUCUCUCAGCAAUAGGCUCAAGCCGUAUGCCAACUUUCCAGAAGCACCUCAGGAGGAGGCUUCUCUCAGCAAUAGGUUCAAGACGUAUGCCAACUUUCCAGAAGAACCUCAGGAGGAGGCUUCUCUCAGCAAUAGGUUUAAGCCGUAUGCAAAAUUUCCAGAAACACCUCAGGAGGAGGCUUCUCUCAGCAAUAGGCUCAAGCCGUAUGCCAACUUUCCAGAAGCACCUCAGGAGGAGACAUCUCUCAGCAAUAGGCUCAAAACGUAUGCCAACUUUCCAGAAGCACCUCAGGAGGAGGCUUCUCUCAGCAAUAGGUUCAAGCCGUAUGCCAACUUUCCAGAAGCACCUCAGGAGGAGGCUUCUCUCAGCAAUAGGUUCAAGACGUAUGCCAACUUUCCAGAAGAACCUCAGGAGGAGGCUUCUCUCAGCAAUAGGCUCAAGCCGUAUGCCAACUUUCCAGAAGCACCUCAGGAGGAGGCUUCUCUCAGCAAUAGGAUCAAGACGUAUGCCAACUUUCCAGAAGCACCUCAGGAGGAGGCUUCUCUCAGCAAUAGGAAUCCCAAAAUCCCUGUGGCUACUGGAAAGGGUCCUUCGGUGCCCUGCCUCACCUCGAGAAGCGUUCCUUUUGCCCUGCCAAGCUUCAAAGAGGUUCCUGACGUGUCCCUGGUUACUAGACAGGAGUCCUGA